AUGUCCGGUCCGGCUCGAGGUCCCCUCCGGGUGCCGGCACUGCUGCUGGCGGUGGUGGUCCUGGCCGCGGCGGCCGUGCUGGCGCUGGCAUUGGGCCCGGCACCGGCCACCGCGUUGUCCCUGCCGCCCGGGGCCCGGGCCGGCGGGCCUGCCGGCCCGGCGGAGGGCAUUUCCACGAUGUCCUGCGCGCCAAAUUGCGCCAACUGCUCCGGCCUCAUUUGUAACUUCUGCAAUACGGGCUUUUACCAAAUCAAAAACGAGCUGGACAACCCCUGCGUCAGCCAAUGCCCCGGGCACCUGCCGGCCAUCCUGCUUGAGGUCCUCACCGAAUAUUGCGUCUUCCCCCAGGUGGAUGGCUGCUCGUACAUGGUCGGCAGCAUGUCCACCUGCACGGCGUGCGUUGCCGGGCGUGUGCUGUCCGAGCAGGGGGGGGCGUGUCUCCACUGCCCGGCGAAUUGCCAGAUCUGUCCCGAUGUCAGCUCCUGUAGCCAAUGCUUCGGCGGCUUCCUCUUCCACCAGGGCACAUGCGUUGCCCAGUGCCCGGGCGGCUUCUUCCCGAAUGGCGGCUCCUGCUCGGCCUGCCCCGGGCCGUGCGCCACAUGCAGCAAUUCCUCCACCUGCGGGUCCUGCCAUGGCGGCUACUUCCUGCAUGGCGGCGCCUGCACGGCCGACUGCCCGGCCGGCACCUUCCCCAAUGCGGCCAGCGGGGCGUGCGAUAUGUGCCCGGCCAGCUGCGCCACCUGCACCGGCCCGUCCACCUGCGGGUCCUGCCAGGGCGGCUACUUCCUGAGCGAGGGCCGCUGCGUGGCCCAGUGCCCGAGCGGGACCUUCGCCCACGCGGAGUCCCGCACGUGCGUCGGCUGCCCGGCCAACUGCACCACCUGCACCGGGGCCAAUGUGUGCACCUCCUGCGCCGGUGGCUUCAACCUGCACGGGACGUCCUGCCUGUCGCAAUGCCCCAGCGGGUUCUUCGCGCGCGGCGGCAUUUGCACCGCAUGCGGGCACCACUGCGCCACCUGCCCGGACGACACCACCUGCACCGCAUGCGCCCCGGGGUAUCCGCUGCACCAGGGGGCCUGCAUGGGCCAGGGCUGCCCGGAUGGCUACUUCGAUCGGGACAACGCUUGCGCCGCCUGCAAUGUCGGCUGCGCCACCUGCAUCGAGGCCAGCACCUGUGGCACGUGCGCCAGCGCCCUGGUCCUGUACCAGGGCCAGUGUCUGGCUGGCUGUCCGGCCGGCACGUAUGCCGGCGUCGGCCCGGGCGACGCCCCGCAGGGCAUCUGCCUGGCGUGCCACCCGCUGUGCGCCGCGUGCGCCGGCCCGGGGGCCGACCAGUGCACCGCCUGCGACGACCCGCUGACCAUCCGCCAGCCCAUCCCGCCGGUGGACCCGCCCCUGGCCGAGGGCAUGUGCGUGCCGGACUGCAUGAACGACCCGUCGCAGUGCGUCGAGUGCGAGCCCGGGUGCGACCUGUGCCGGCGGAUGCCCGACGCGUCGACCUUCUGCAUGGUGUGCCACUCGCCGGGGCUGGCGCUGGAUGGCCUCUGUGUCGGUGCCUGCCCGCCGGGCUACGCCACCAUGACGGCGGCCGGCUACUGCGCCCGGUGCUCCGGCAACUGCGGCGACGCGUGCUUCGGCCCGGGCAGCAACCAGUGCCUCGCCUGCCCGGCCGGCAAGCGGCUGCAGGAUGGCACUUGCCGCGAUGCCUGCAGCACGGUCGGCUGGUUUGAAUCCUCGCCCGGGGCCUGCUCCAGGUGCCAUGCCAGUUGCUCGCAGUGUGUCGGCCCCGGCCCGGGGGACUGCACGGCCUGCCCGCGGGGGUCCUUCCGGAUGGCCUCCCCCGGGGGGCUGGCCCACCAGUGUGUGACCGCCUGCCCGGCCGGCCAGUAUGCCGACGUCCUCCAUGGCGAGUGCCGGGCGUGCGAUGCCAGCUGCGCCACCUGCUCCGGCGGGUCCUCGGCCAGCGACUGCACCGGCUGCUGGCCGGGCGAGCUGCUCUUCCACACCACUUGUGUGGCCAGCUGCCCGGUGGGGUACUACCCGACGGCGAGCGGCGCCCAGUGCGGCCCCUGUGGCAGCGGCUGUGUCGAGUGCGCCCCCGGGACCGGGGUCUGCACGGUCUGUGCCCCGGGGCAGUAUGCCGACUAUGCGGCCGGCAUGUGCUACACCGUGUGCCCGGGGCGCUUCCUGGCGGACGAUCGGGCCAUGACGUGCACCCCCUGUGCCGAGCCUUGCGCGCGGUGCGCCGCCAGCAUCGACCAUUGUGUUCGGUGCCAGGACCCGGGGCACUAUCUGCGCGUGGCCACCGGCGAGUGCGUGGUCGGCUGCCAGGCCGGCGAGGUGGCGAUCAUGGGCACCGGCACGCAGGCCGGCAUGCUGCUGUGCGCCGCCUGCCACGAGUCCUGCGAGUCGUGCAAUGCGCCGGGCAGCGCGUCGGCAUGUUCCUCCUGCCCGGCUGGCAGCUUCCUCUCCCCGGGCGGGGCCUGCCUGGCGGAGUGCCCCAUCGGGUACUUUGUCCAGGAGAUGACCCGGCGAUGCGAUGCCUGCCAUGGCUCGUGCCACACGUGCGCCGGUGCGAGCAUCGACCAGUGUCUGUCCUGCACCGGGUCGGCGGACAUCCUGCUCCGGGGGGCCUGUGUGUCCAGCUGCUCGGCCGAGGGGUUUUGGCUGGACGAGUCGACCCCCUCGCAGCGGGUAUGCCACCCGUGCAUUCCCGGGUGCCGGCUCUGCUCGGAGGCGGAAGCCUGCUCGCGGUGCAACUCCAACAUGGUGCUACACCACUCGGAGGCCGAGGGGACUGCCUGCUUGGGCGCCUGUCCCGGGGGGUUCUUCGCCGAUCCGCCGGGCGGCGAGCGCCAGCCCGUGUGCGCGGCCUGUGCCCCGGACUGCCACACCUGCACCGGGCCGGGGGCCCACGAGUGCCAGGUGCCCUGGUGCGAGGUGGAUGGGUCGUGCAAUCCGAAGAGCGGACGUGCGUUGGCCAUCGGCCUGGCGGUUGGCCUGUCGCUGGUGUUGCUCCUGCUGCUGGCCAUCCUGCUGGUUGUUUUCUGUGUCUUCCGCCGACGCCAUGCCGGCCCCAAGGAGGCGCAUGAUAUCGACAUGACCAUUCUCAACACGAUGAUGGAUCUAUCGCUGCCCGGUUUCCUGCUGCUGUCCUUCCAGCAUGACAUUCGACUGGGCAAUGCCGGCCCCGAGGCUACCGGCAGCCAGGGCGGCAUCUUCCCGGCCGAGCCGAUCAAGCCAUCGCUCAUCGCGGCCACCGGGCCCGAUGGGAUCGUUGUGAAGGUCGCCCAUGACGCGGACGGGGGGGCCCUUUCGAAGGCCCAGCUCCAGGCCAUGUUCGAGAAUGAGCUGUCGAUCCUGUGGGCAUUGCAGCAGUCUCCCCACGUGGUGCGCAUGCUCGGGUACACGCAGCACCCGCCGGCCAUCGUCAUGGCCCGAGUGGCCACCGACUUGAGCAACCUGCUCACAACCAACGAGCCGCUGGACGUGGCCAACACCCUGAGCCUGAUCCGGGGGAUGGCCGACGGCCUGGCCUUCAUCCAUGCGCAGGGGAUCGCCCAUCGGGAUAUCAAGUCGCAGAACAUCCUGGUCGGCCUGUGCCCGGAGACGGGCGCCAUGCGGCCGGUGUUCACGGAUUUCGGCGUGUCGCUGGCCGUCAGCCGCGGCUCGGCCCUGCUGGACUCGGUCAUGUUCGCGGCGUGCAGCAUCGCCUUCGCGGCGCCCGAGAUCCUGGCAUCGAUGGGUAACCAUGCGCUGGACAUCGCGGCUUUCGAUCACAUGGCGGCCGAUGUCUAUUCUCUCGGUUCGGUCUUCUGGCAUGUGCUGACGCUGACUAUGCCGUGGAGUGGGCUCUCCCAAAAGGCCAUCCAAUGUCGCCAUGCGGCCGGCGACACUCCGGCCACGCAUGGCCCGCCGCCCGGCGAGGCGCCAAACCAACACCCGAGCCUCCGCGUCCUGGUCUCCGACCUGAUUCCCUGCAUGUGGUCGGCGUCGCCCGCGAGCCGGCCAUCCAUGUCGAGCAUUGCCCUUGCCCUGUCGGAGUAGGCAGCCCCUUUGGCUUCGGAUUUCCGGGCGCCAGUCGUCCCGGGGGGGAAUGGAUGCCUCUCGCUCAGCGUGUUUUUGUG